AUGAAUACUAAAAUAAAUAAGGAUAUGCGAAAAACAACACUGAGCAAAGAAAGAAGUAAAACAGACAGCAAUUGAGUCAAAAUAUGUAGCUCAUAUUGGAGGCUUGUACAAAAACCUACUGAUUACAACCCAGAAUAUUACCCUUUUUGUCUUUUUCAAUCCCUAUCAAAAACGUGACAAAACCCCAAAAAACAAAAAAAGAAGCAAAUUACAUAGAGAAUACUAUCUACUCGCUUGCUUCACCACUCCUGUUAGAAAAUUGAGCGACUUGGAAUACAUACUGUGACAAAACAACAAACACCUACUACGCAUCAGAUAGUGUCCUCUUCCUCCUCCCCAUGAUUUCUUCGUAGCUAUACCCUUUAUCACUGUCUUCCUCAUCCUCGUCGCCAUCGUCGUCAUUAUCAUCAUCUUCAUCUUCAGAUAGUCUCCUCUUCCUCAUCGUGAUUUCGUUGUAGCUAUAUUCCUCACCAUGUCCUCCUCCUCCUCAUCAGCGUCAGCGUCAGCAUCAUCGUCAUCAUCAGAUACCAUAUCAUCCCCUUCAAACCCAUUUCCCAAACUAUCAGAUCCUAUCCCAAGCCUUCUUCGUCGGAACCGGAACGACCUUAUGCAUUGGCUGCCGAAACAUGGAAAACACCACCAGCCGGAGCUACUGAUCCUCCCUAAUCUCCUUCAAGAUCAGCGUCUUCCUUAUUUUCCCAACAGCCUUCACAUCCCCGAAUCCCACACCAUCUUCAGAGUACCACCAUUCGUGCACGACCCUAACGACGCCUGCAAUGCGGCGUGCCUUGGAACCUGCGGUGAAGCCGGAGUGGUAGAAGAAAAAGAGGUCGCCGAGUUUCAUGGACUUGAGCUCGUCUGCUUGGACGGCUUGUUUUCGAACAGUUUUUAGGGGCAUUUUGGUGGAACAUAUAUAAGGACUUGGAAAUGUGAGAUUUAUUUUGCAUACGGCGAGAGGUUCGGCGCCUAUGGAUCCUUGAACCUCCUUUAUCGGAUUUUUUUUUUUUUUUUUCAAUUUUGAAUUUUGAACCUUGUUUUGAAGUUAAAGCAUUUUCUUUUUUUGCUCGUCUGCGCUGAGCCUGUCACAGACAUCAAAGAACGUUGGGAUUAUCCUGAUUGAUGCACAAAGGAAAUUAGCUUAGCAAGCGUCCAAUUUUGAGAGUGAAUAUGCCUUUGCUUAUCACAGAAAAUGUGCUGCUUCAACGAGUUCAAUACCAUUAGAGAUCCUUGACAAACCAAAGCUACUUAAAAGAAGAAAUUAGCCGGACAG